CAAGCGCAACACACAACGACAAAUAAUACUUGGUAAUAGGUUUGGUCUCAUAUACACGUCAGAUUUACGACGUCAGAUUACACGUAUCACUUGUCCAAGUGCUCAGUUAUUUUCAUAAAGAAGCUAAAGACGCAUUCACACAGUACGUCGGUCAUCAGUAGUGAGACCAAACCGCUAAUAGCUGUUCUCCACGGUGCAUCGGGGCUAAUUCGUAUUGUAACAUAUUGAGAAAGACUUCAUGGUUGAUGAGAUCGACCAGAUGAAUCAGCAUGUCCACAACGGAGACUAGUAAGACAAAAAAAACGAGAGUUUGGUCGCAAUGGCUGGCGGCAUCAACAAUUCAUCUCCUUGCAAUACUGGAUGGACUAGUUUGUGGAUGGGUUUCGCCCUACUUGGCAAAACUGACAGCUGGAACUGAAUCAUUGAAAAUCACCAAUGAUGAAGCAUCGUGGAUUGCCUCACUGAGUCGUGUGUCUCAACUACUGGGUUCGAUCCUUGCAGCUGUCAUUGUAUACAAAAUCGGGGCUAAGAAGGCGGUUUUUUUCGCCGGGGUUCCUUAUGUCAUCGGAUGGUCGUGCUUCUUAAUCCAAGAGUCAGUUUUGUCCAUUUACAUCGCCAGGAUAAUCAACGGUUUCGCUAUAGGGAUGUUUCUGAGCACUUUCCCGCUUUAUAUCGGCGAAAUUUCCAAACCAAAGAUCAGAGGUGCCCUCAUAAGUGCAAUCGCCCAGGGAGCAGGCAUUGGAAGUCUAUUGGGGAAUUGCUUGGGUGCAUAUCUACCUAUGACGACCUUUGCUAUUAUAGGCCUUAUAAUGAGUAUCGUUUUCUUGCUUUCUUUCUACCUUAUUCCGGAUAGUUCACAUUACCUAGUUAAGAGGAACAAGCUUAAGGAAGCAGAAAAAUCGUUGAAGUGGUACAAUCGUCAAAAAGAUGUGGGAGAUGAGCUGGGCGCAUUGAUAGCAUACAUAGGAAAACCGCAGAAAUUAUCUCGGAAAGAGGCAUUCAAGCAAAUCUUAAUACCUCUGAAUAGAAAACUUUUGAUCAUAAUUCUCUGUAUUCUCGUCUUCACGAAUCUCAGUGGCGUCUUCGUAAUCCAAAUGUACAUGGAAAUCCUUUUAACGGCUCUCAAGAUUAAGAUCAUCUCUCCAUCUCUGGUCGUGAUAUGUGUGGGAAUAGUUGCAAUCAUUAGCGGUCUUCUGACCAUGUACACGAAUGAUCACUUUGGGAGACGAACUAUGCUUGCAGUUUCUGCCCUGGGGGUUUCCGUUACAUUCUUUCUCAUAGGUGCUAAAUUUCUGUUGGUCAACCGUGGUUAUGAUAUUUCGAGUGUUCAAUGGUUAAUUAUUGCCGAAUUCAUGAUAUACAUAUUCUUUGUAAAUGUCGGAAUCGUGAAUAUUCCAUACUGCCUCUUGAGCGAAAUUUUUCCGACAGAAUUCAAAGAGAUUGGCGCAUCCACGGCGAAUGUUGUGAGCUCUAUUGCAGCAUUCGUCGCAGGUAAAAGCUAUCAGUCUGUAUUAGAUGCUACCUCCGAAGAAUUCAUAUUCUUCUUCUAUGGUUCUAUUUUAUUCUUUAUGUUCAUCUAUACGAUUCUUGUUGUCCCAGAAACGAAGGGUAAGUCGCUUCAAGAAAUUCAGAACAUGUUUACACAGAAAAAUAAACGAAUGUCGAAUUCAAGAAAUGAUUCAUUAAUCGCUACAUCGCCAAGGUAGCGAUUUCGGCCUUUCUCGUACUUCAUACACUGAUAGACUGCUUCAUUUAUUCCAAACGAAAUUCGUUAACUAUUAACGAAUGGUAGAGUUGAAUAU